ACAUAAAAUAAAGUGGGAAGAUUUCCAGAUAGAACGUUGCUCCGCUGCAACCCAAUCUCUAAACCCACCUUAUCUUUCCACUCCCCUCCUCAGUCUCCCAAAGCCAUGUAACACACACUCCCAACCCAAACCAUGCUCGAAACACCCCACCGUCACCACUUCUCCACCACAAACACCCUCCCCAAACCCCCCAUCUCUCACCCCCGAAGAAAACUCCUCUCUUUCCCAUCCCUCUCCUCCAAAAACACCUCCCUCGUUUCCCUCCCUCCCAAACCCCACAAAUCCCAACUCCCCCCUCCCCCCAAUCCCCCCAAUUCCAUUCCCCCCUCCCCUCCCAAUGCCGACUUCCAACAAAAACUCAUUUAUUUCGAUUCCAUCGGAAUCGAUUUCCUCUCCUUCCUCUCCUCCCACCCGCCCAUUCUCUCCACUCCCAUUCCCUCCAUCAAAUCAACCAUCUCUCUUCUCUACUCGAUUGGCCUCACUCCUCCUGACCUUCGACGCGCCGCCUCCAUGUGCCCCGAAAUUCUCUCUGCCCCCACUUCAAGCCUAGUCCCUGUUUUCACUUUUUUACUAAGGGAAGCUCAUGUGCAAGGCCGUGAUCUUCGCCAUGUCAUUCAUCGAAGACCGCGGUUACUGAUUUGUAGCGUGGAGUUGCAGUUAAGGCCUACAUUGUAUUUCCUUCAGAGCACGGUGGGGAUAUGUAAAGUUAAUAAGUUGACUCAUUUGUUGUCUUGCUCGGUGGAGUCCAAGCUUAUACCGAGAAUUGAGUAUUUCCAGCAGCUCGGGUUUUCGAAUAAGGAUACCAUUGCUAUGUUUCGGAGAUUUCCCUCGUUGUUUUGUUACAGUAUUAAGGAGAAUUUGGAGCCGAAAUUUAACUAUUUUGUGAUUGAAAUGGGGAGGAAUUUGAAGGAAUUGAAGGAGUUUCCACAUUAUUUUUCGUUUAGUUUGGAGAAUAGGAUUAAGCCAAGGCACAAGAAAUGUGUGGAGAAAAGGGUGUGUUUGUCGCUUCCUGUAAUGUUGAAGUCUAGUGAGGAGCGGUUUCGGGAUAGGUUGGAGGUGUUUUAUAGUUCUUCUAUGCCGUUUUCUGUAUGAUAAUGCUUGGGAGGGAGAUCCAAGUCUAGGCGCCCUAUGCAAGUCUGCAUUGGCAAGAAAGCCCAUAUCUGUCCUAUUCCUGUUCGGAAGGAUCUCUUGUGGAGGUGCAUCCAGUUAUAUUCAUCACAUAGUGUCCAUCUGGUCUGCCUAGCUUAGGUGAUUAAUUAGCCUCUCUCUGACUCUGUCAUAGGUGCCGAAUGGAUGCUCUUUAAGUCUUGCAAAGAAAUUCUCUUUUUAUGCUAAUAACUUCAUAGGGCUUGUGUUUUUUGUCUGCCAAGGUUUUCUGUAUGUUAUAAUUUGGGCACAUUUAUGUCUUUGCAAGUUCCGUACCAAGUCAGGCCUAUGGUAAAUCCGUAUAUGUCACUGGUACUGUGCAGUUGGAGUAUGGAAUGAUUAAUUAGGUUUCAAUGUUAAACAUACAUACAUUGCGAGUAGUUUUGUCCCUGAAAUUUCUGGCAGGGGUGGGACUGCGAUCUGCACAGGAAUUUGAGGAUUCUGUGUUUGGGAUGCACAGGAUUUACCAGUCUGGUUCAACUUUAUAUAUCAGUUUUCAGCUUGGUGUAAAUUGGAUAUAUACCCGAACCACAACUUCAUAUUAUAAAAUUCUUCCAAAUAGGCAAGCAUAGAUUGAUGAGUUGAUGGGUAAUUUCAUAUCUUAGUUUUCUUUCUGGAAUGAUUUUCCCAGCUCAUGUCAAAAAUAUUAAAAAACUAAGCAUGCUUUCGGGGA